CAGGCCUACCCGCGGGCCCUGAGCCCGCCCCCUCCGCGGAACAAGACCCAGAGCGCAUUUGGUGAGGGCCUGGCGUCCUCUGCCGGAGCACCUGCGAAGGAGCGAUCGAUCCUAAAGCCCACAAGACGACAAGUGGCGCUUUCGAGAGCACUUUGCAGAACAAGGAGUAGUUUGCUGGCUUUGAACACGUGGCAAAUAUUUCAGAAAGUUGCAAGAUCAAGUUGGAGAAAGGAAUAGUUAUUCUUCCAAAUUCAUCUACUUCAACUGUUAUUCUCAUUGGGAAUGGACAAUGGAAUGUUCUCUAGUUUUAUCAUGAUCAAAAACCUCCUUCUCUUUUAUAUUUCCGUGAACUUCGCCAGUCACUUUGGCUUUUCACAGAUGCCAACAAGUUCUGUCAAAGAUGAGACCAAUGACAAUAUCACCAUAUUUACCAGGAUCUUGGAUGGGCUCUUGGAUGGCUACGACAAUCGGCUGCGGCCUGGCCUUGGAGAGCGAAUCACUCAGGUGAGGACUGACAUCUACGUCACCAGCUUCGGCCCUGUGUCCGACACAGAAAUGGAAUAUACCAUAGAUGUGUUUUUCCGACAAAGCUGGAAGGAUGAAAGGCUUCGGUUCAAAGGACCAAUGCAGCGCCUCCCUCUCAACAACCUUCUCGCCAGCAAAAUCUGGACCCCGGACACGUUCUUCCACAACGGGAAGAAGUCCAUCGCUCACAACAUGACAACGCCCAACAAGCUGCUGCGGCUGGAGGAUGACGGCACGCUGCUCUACACCAUGCGCUUGACCAUCUCUGCUGAGUGCCCAAUGCAACUUGAAGACUUUCCCAUGGAUGCCCAUGCAUGCCCUCUGAAGUUUGGCAGCUAUGCAUACCCUAAUUCUGAAGUCAUCUACGUGUGGACCAACGGCACUGCCAAGUCUGUGGUGGUGGCAGAAGAUGGCUCUAGACUGAACCAGUACCACCUGAUGGGGCAGACAGUGGGUACCGAGAACAUCAGCACCAGCACAGGUGAAUACACAAUCAUGACAGCACAUUUCCACCUGAAGAGGAAGAUUGGGUACUUCGUCAUCCAGACCUACCUUCCCUGCAUAAUGACCGUGAUUUUAUCCCAGGUGUCCUUUUGGCUGAACCGGGAGUCGGUCCCAGCUAGGACGGUGUUUGGGGUGACCACAGUGCUGACAAUGACGACUCUCAGCAUCAGCGCUCGAAACUCUCUGCCCAAAGUGGCUUAUGCUACGGCCAUGGACUGGUUCAUAGCUGUGUGCUAUGCCUUUGUGUUCUCCGCCUUGAUUGAAUUUGCCACUGUCAACUAUUUUACAAAGAGAGGCUGGGCCUGGGAUGGCAAAAAAGCCUUGGAAGCUGCCAAGAUCAAGAAAAAGGAGCGUGAACUCAUACUAAAUAAAUCAACAAACGCUAUUACAACUGGGAAGAUGACCCACCCCCCAAACAUCCCAAAAGAGCAGACCCCAGCAGGGACCUCGAAUGCAUCUUCAGUCUCCGUAAAACCUCCUGAAGAGAAGACUUCUGAAAGCAAAAAGACUUACAACAGCAUCAGCAAGAUUGACAAAAUGUCCCGCAUUGUAUUCCCAGUCCUGUUCGGGACUUUCAAUUUAGUUUACUGGGCGACAUAUUUGAAUAGGGAGCCAGUGAUUAAAGGAGCUGCCUCUCCAAAAUAAAUCUCCAGACUCCCAGUCUCCAAGAGAGCCAUGCUUCCAGCAAGAUGGUACCAAGGACAGGUUGAGCUCAAAGGAACUUUGCAUAUUUGGGCAAUAUCUUUUGGGAUUUUUUGCAUGUUUAGUAAUAUGUACAAAUAAUGUUGCCUUGAUUGUUUAUAUGUAUAACCUCAGAUGUUUCAAAGAUGUCACUUUGAUGAACAGAGAAAACUUUCCAGAAAAACAAGAGACAAUGACUCUGACACUCAGAUGCUCAGUAUCUUACACUGAUAGUUUACAAAUCAGACAAGUAUAUUUUUAACUAUUCCAAAUGUUACUUAACAAUGAUUUUUAUACUUCAAAUGUCAUUUCAUACAAAUUUCCCCAGCAAGAAAUAUUUUAGGAAAUUCUCUAUGCAUAUUACCAAAUAUUGCAAGAAACAAAGUUCACAAAGAGCACAUUUUUCAUUAAAAGGAGCUGUUGGCAUUUAUGUAAAAAAUUAAUUUCCUUUGGUAAUUCUUACUGUUCUGAAAUUAGGAAAGGUACUGCAUGAUCUUACAUUAAAUAAGACAGGCAAAUAUGUAUGCAGAGAAAUUUAGUAACAAAAAUAUAUGGUAUGUUAGAUUUACUAA